AAUUUUCAGUGUCGUUUUUUUGAGUAGUGACUUGAUCAUGAUUAAGGACGCGACCAUCAUUAAGAUAUCAUCAAAACUUACUGAAUGUUUAGGAUUACUUAAAAAGUAUGACUGGCUUUUAAACUCAUAUGUGCUGGACUUUUAUAUAAAGGAUCACUGGCAGCAGCUGCCGGUAAGCUGGCAGCGGCACUUUGAAAACCUACCCAUAGAAGCUCUAGCAGAACUGCUCCAAGGUAAUGGUAAUGUACGCUUUAAUAUAUGGCCCUUGGAGCUGUUAGCAAUUCGACAGCUUUUGAGUACGCUUUGCGUUAGCCGCAUCCAAAAUCGCGAGAUUGAGCAAACGCUUCCUUCUUGUCCGUUGCUACAGCACCACAAGCUAAAGCACAUGUUUAUAAAGUGCGUCAAACCGAAGAAGCAGCACGAGAUCAAGAAAAUGGCAUCGAUUUGCGCUCGCAGUUGCCAAAGAUUACCCGUGGAUUUUGUGGUAGAUUUUGGAGCUGGCCUAGGUCAUUUGGCACGUGUACUUGGCUAUGGGUAUGGCAUUAAGGUGUGCUGUUUUGAAAUGCAAACAGAAUUAAACGAACAGGCGAAGCUCAUUGAUAAACGACUUGAAUCUAUGGCAGCGAAGCAUCUUGAUGUUAGAGAAAGAGAUCAUUUUAAGCAGCCCGCACAUCUAACAGAGCGUUUGACAAAUAACACAACAUCUUCCGAGUUUAUUGAAAGCUUGCGGAAAGCCUUGCAGCUGGUUGACGAGGACUUUAGUUUUGGUAUUGUUGGAUUGCAUCCUUGUGGUGACCUGUGUGCUAUAUUAAUGCGUAUGUUUAAAAGCUGCAAACAAGCAAAGUUUUUGAAUUUCGUUGGUUGCUGCUAUCAAAAGCUGAGCACGUCCCAGACACAACCUGAAGCUCAGCUGCAUGGCUACCCGAUGAGUGAGUUGCUACAGAAUAGAUUGCACAAUGACGAUAGUGACGGUUCCAGUGUCCAACUUAGCUAUGAAGCUCGCGAAGUUGCUUGUCAUGCCAUCGAAAUGUACCACGAUCGAUUAGCCACCGGGCAAUAUGAGUACCUGAAAAUUCAUUCAUUUCGAGCCGCAGCUGAAAGGAUAAUAGUUGAGCAUACCCCGGAACUAAAGCAUAGCGGCUUGCGUAACGUAAAGCAUACUCCGAAUAUGAGCUUCGAUGACUACUUCUACAAAGCCGUACAAGGCACACGGAUUUACACGCUGAAUCGAUCGCUUCUGCAUAAUUCCGAAACUGAAACAGAUUUGCUGCACUGGCGACGAAUCGUCAUUUUCUACACUCUGCGCCUGAUGUUAGCACCUCUGGUAGAAAGUAUUAUUUUGUAUGACCGAAUGCUGUUUUUAUUGGAAAACGGAUGUCAAGUACAUAUAGAGGCCAUUUUUGAUAGCAUUAUAUCACCAAGAAAUCAUAUAACCAGCGCUGCAAAAUACUGACUCAGUUAUCCAAGCGUACUUCUUUCAUAUCUAAUCUUGUCUGGGUUCUGAUGUAGCAAA